GUCGCCUGUGAUGCUUGCCGAACGCGCAAAUCCCGGUGCGACGGCAACCGGCCGCUCUGCUCGUUGUGCCGGGAUUUGGGCUUCGAGUGUAUCUACACGCCGCCGACGACCGCUACAAAUGUAAUUGUGCAGAAAGAUUACCUGCAUGGGCUGGAGGACCGGGUUAGGAAGCUUGAAGACUCAUUGUCCACUGUCAAAGAUGACAUUGCAGGACUGAUCACGAAGGUGGAUCAGGGCCCUGGGCAAGUAUUGCAACCGAGUGAAUAUGAGGGGAGUCAACGAGUUGUUGCUGGUCAUGUGCCAGACUUGACGGGUACGGAGGACUCAGUGGAUGCUAUGGGAGCGGUGACAUUUGCGAACGAAGAGGAUUCUGGGUUUUUUGCCAUGGCGACCAUUACCGCUAUUCCUGAUGGUUCCAGUGCAGAUACACGGAUCGCUGAGUCCGAUGUGUUCUAUCAGCGCGGUCUUGGUUUAUGUGGGAGUGAGAUCUUGCGUGGCGCAACACUGGAAGUUGGUCAGUGCUUUUCUGACGGAUGCUUGUCUAUACUAACCAGUGAGAACCACAGGACUCUAAGCAUGACAUUUGGCAGACCUGCAGCCAUUCCUGAUAGCUACGUCAAACUGGAUCUGCCACUCAAGCGAGAAUUUGAGAAGCCCUCGGAUUUCGUGGACGAUGAAACUUCUGUACUGAGUGUUGCGUUUUUCAAUGCCACCAUCACUCUAUACAAACAUCUAUGGAAUGUUUUGGACCUUCUUUACGGCCAAAACCUUGGCUGUGAUCCCUCGCUACCAAUCACCGAAGCUGCAGCACACAUAUUCAGCAUGGAGCAACAUCUUUUUGCCUGGGAAAGGUCGCUAACCCAGCCACUGCAACUCAUUUCCAUCAUUAGCUUGGAUGAAAUGGCAAAAGGGCAACUGUCCAACUACCAGUACUUUUCUUGGAAGUUUCGAGUCAUCCUCACUUUACGUUAUCUCAACCUCCGUGUCUUACUCCAUAGGCCGGUGCUAGUAAAGUUCAUCGCCGCAAGCGCAAACACAGAAUGCGAUCCCCAGGAUCUCAAACUUCUUCAGCAAAUUGGCAUGAACAGCAUGCAGAUCUGUGCCGAUUCGGCUAUGGCUAUCAUCGACAUCGUCCAUCAGGUCGUAACAGAGCCGGGCUGGAAACAGAGUCUCCUAGGGGCGUGGUGGUUCUCCUUAUACUAUACUUUUAAUGCGGCAUUGGUAAUUAUUGGCACAGUCUGGGUCUACCGUGACACAAGCGUAACCGGCACCCCGAUGACCGCGCAAGCCAGCAAAGCAAAGCAGUACCCCUGCCGGGCCGUUGCGGCUCUGUCCAAACUGGACGAGGGCAACCGUCUUAUCGAUCGAUGCAGGUACUAUCUCGAGCAAUGUAAUAAGGCUCUCAAUGACCCUGAAACGCACCACGAUGUUGCGACUCCAUCGUUCCACGGGCUCACUGGGAACCGCAUUGUAUCUGCCAAUGACUUGACCUUUUCUCCAUUUGGAAUGGAACUCGGUGAGUUUAUGAUGGAUGGAGAUCUUGUUGGUAUGAUGGAUCGGCAGGAAAUUUUGCCUGUGCCGGGGACAUCGUAUCCAGCUUGA